ACGUGGAAUUGGUACGCCCACGGCAUAAAUUAUUGUACGUACUUACCCAGAAAAAAACCAUAAAUACCAAUGCAGCGGCCUAUAACUUGGUCAUAAUUUUCAUUCGACGACACUCAAGCUUCACAUUUUUAUAAAAAUAUUGCCACAAAGUUUACAUUUCGUCAUGGGUUUCAAACCGGUGAUCAGCAUUUUCCUCCUCAUCGCUGCCAUCCAGAUAACCUGUCACGCCGCACCGCAAAAGGGGAAAGCAAAAGCGGAAGCAAUAAUAACCAAAAAGCUGAAAUCCUCCACCCCCGCGCAACUAAAGCAGUAUCGAAUGGUCGCUGCGAAACGGAUGGUCACCGAUCUGAGCAAGGCCAUGCAAGCCCUCUCCACCAACAAAGAUGUCCCUCUCGAAGUCCAAACCUCUGCCAAAGUGGCGCUCCAAGGGAUCAAGGGUGGCAAACUGACCGAUGCGCUGGCCAACGCGAUGCCUGGCAUAAUGUCGCAAGCCUCCAUACAAGUGGGAAAACCAGCGGAACAAUUGCAAACCAUAAUUGGCUCCGUGCUCCCAAAUUCGCCAAAUGAUUUGAGAAAUCCUCUCCAAGGGACGCUCACCUUCUUGUCGUCCAACCUCGGCGGGGUGACCAACAUUCUGGGCAAGGUUGCCGGCGGUGCACCGGAUCUCUUGGCCGGAACGGUAAAAUCUCUCUCGGGGACUUUGGGAGCAGUUGCGGACUCGCUGAAUGGGUCCGUGGGGUCAUUAGGCGGUUUGAUGGGAGGUUUGUUGAACGGGUAAAUGAAUUUCGGGAGACACGUAGUCAAAAUUUAUGUAGCUCUUUAUUGUAACCAGUAAAUAAAGAAUGUCACAAUCAA